AUGAAUUCUAACAAACUUAAUAAUAAUAAAUUGUUACUAUAUAAAAUCGAAUACCGAAACUUCCUUAAUAUAUAUACGGAAUAGAUCCUCCAGAUGAAAAAUUUAAAUUUAAAGAAUUUCCAAAGGCUUAAAUACUUAUAAAUGGUUCAACAUACAUAGGAAAAUGGUAUGGAAAUAAAAUGCAUAGAAAGGGUGUUUUAACAUGGCCAGAUAGUUCUAAAUACGAAGGUUUUUUUGUAGAAGGAAAAAGACAAGGUAGGAGUAGAUUUACUUCAGCAGAAGAGGAUAUUUAUGAAGGGGAAUGGGAUGAUAAUAAGCAACAUAGAAAAGGGACUAUACAUAGGUUUCUGUUUAUAAAGGAGACUGGAAAAAUUAUUUAAAAUAAGGAAUUAGAGAAGAGGAGUGGAUAGACGAGAGUAGAUAUAAAGGAGAUUAUAAACAAGUAAAAAAAAUGGAAUAGGGACUUUUAUAUGGUUUGAAGGAAAAAAUUAUGAAGGAUAAUUUGAAGUCGGAAUGAUUACCGAAUAUGGAAAAAUGAUUUAUUGUAAUGGAAAGAUUUAUGAAGGAAAUUUUUAGAAAGGGAAAUUUCAUGGAAAAGGAUGUUUUAUUUGGCUAGAUGAAAAAAAAUUAUAUAGGUGA